AUGUUUAGUGUUAGAAAUCUUCAUAGACAUUUCUCCUUCAAACCCUUUUCUUCAUUCUUUCAACUUCAACCAAAUCUCUUCAGAAAUGUUGUUGUGCCUUUAGGACAAGGAAUAGAGCAAAGAAACAUCGAUGAUGAUAAAGUUGGUUUUUAUUGUUAUGUUAAACCGUUGAAUCUUUUGAAUGGAUCGUUAUAUCGGACAAUGUCUACGUCGAGAGGAAGGAGUAUGCGAAGCAAGGUGGAAAGAAGAAUGCAAAAAGAGUCCGGUAAGACGUUAAGGGAGAUUCGAAGAGCUAAAAAAUUGAAGAAGAAGCUUAUGACCGAGGAGGAGCGGCUCGUUUACAAUCUCAAAAGAGCGAAGAAGAAAAUUGCAUUGCUGCUACAAAAACUCAAGAAAUAUGACUUGCCAGAGCUGCCUCCUCCACGGCAUGACCCGGAGCUCUUUACACCCGAACAGCUCCAGGCGUAUAAAAAAAUUGGAUUCAAGAAUAAGAAUUAUGUUCCGGUUGGUGUUCGUGGAGUCUUUGGAGGAGUUGUGCAAAAUAUGCAUCUCCAUUGGAAGUUUCAUGAAACUGUCCAAGUUUGUUGUGACAACUUCCCCAAGGAAAAGAUAAAAGAAAUGGCUUCAAUGCUUGCGAGAUUGAGUGGCGGGAUUGUGCUUAAUGUACAUAAUGUGAAAACAAUCAUUAUGUUCCGCGGUAGAAAUUAUCGGCAACCCAAAAACUUGAUACCAAUUAACACCCUUACAAAGAGGAAGGCUCUAUUCAAGGCCAGAUUUGAACAAGCUCUUGAAUCUCAGAAGCUAAACAUCAAGAAAAUAGAACAGGAGCUACGGCGGAUGGGAGUAAAUCCUGAGGAUCCAACUGCAAUGGCCAGCAUCCAAAGAGUUGCUUCCACAUUCUUCAAUGCCAUUGACAAGAAAGAAGGAAGUCCUUAUGUCUUCCGUGGAGAUAAGCCGUCAGUUAUAGAACCUAACGAAGGUUUGGAAGAGUCGGAUCCUUCUGCUGAUAGUGAUCAGGAGGAGCUGGAUCGUUUCAUUGCUGAUAUAGAGGAUGCUGCAGAUAAAGAAUAUGAAGAAGAAGAGGCCAAAGAAAAGGAAGAGUUUGGCAGACUUAGAUAUUGGAAUAGAGAAGAGUAUGGUGGAAGAUUCAGAAGAUCAGAUGAUUCUAGAAAUGACAACUAUAAUGGUGAGGUUAGAGGUUCAAGGGCUCGACAGCCAAUACAUCCCAAGUAUCGGACAAACGAUAGUGACGAUGAAGAAAAUGCUCAUUUUGACAAUGAUGACGAGGACGACGAUGAUGAUGAUGAGUGGCAUUCCGGUAGUAUUGUAGAUGAUAUUGAUAUUGAAAACAAUUCUGAUGGAUCUGAUGAAGCUAGAGGCAGGUUCAAGGAAAGUAGGGGGAGAGGAGAAAGGAAAAAUAAUGUCGGUAUCGGCAAGGCUCAAGUUAAUGGCGGUCCCAGCAGACACAGCGAAGCUAAAUUUAUGAGGAAUAUAGCCAUACAAGAUUCUGAAUCAGAAGGUAUGCUUAGUGAAGUUGAAAAUGCAAUGUGGGAGUCUGAUGAAGAGGAAAACGACUCGGCAAAUUUGAAACGAGCCAGUAGUGGUAACUACAAGAGCAGCAGCAGCGACGAUGAUGAACAUAAUGAUCAAUUAAAGAGCAACAAAAAGAAUGGUGCGAGGGAUCGUAAUAGUUUUAACGCACCAAAGAGUGUGAGAGGCAGGCAAGAAGGAAUUGGCAGAACUAAAUCCGAGUCCACAGAUAUCUUCAGCGGUUCGGAAGACGGGAUGUGGAAAUCAGAUGGUGAGGAAGACUCAAGAGAAGACUGA